AUGGCGCAGCUCGCGCGGACCAAGACAAAAAAGGGACCAGCGCUGGCGCUGGCUGGCCUCGAGCGUCCCGGCGCGUCGAGCGCCGCGUCCGCGUCAGCCGCAGACGCUGCCGCCGCCGCCGAGUUUGCGUCAAAGAAGUACGUCUGGGUACCCGACAAGCUCGACGGAUAUGUCAGCGGCUGGGUAGUGCGCGAGGAGGAAAGCGGUAAUGUCAGCGUUGUCUCGCUUAGUGCGGACGGAAGCAUGAAGAACGUCGCGACGGACGACUUGAGUAAGAUGAACCCGCCGAAAUUCGAAAAGGCCGAGGACAUCGCCGACCUGACGUUCCUCAACGAGGCGAGCGUCGUGCACAACCUCCGGCAGCGCUACCACAGUGGACUAAUCUACACCUAUUCUGGCCUCUUCCUGGUCGCCAUCAACCCGUACCACUCGCUGCCCAUCUACACUGACGCGAUCGUCGCCGCGUACAAGGGCCGACGGCGUGAGGAGAACGCGCCACACGUCUUUGCGCUCGCCGAUGGCGCGAUGCGCAACAUGCUCGAGCACCGCGAGAACCAGAGCCUGCUCAUCACGGGCGAGUCGGGUGCUGGAAAGACGGAGAACACCAAAAAGGUCAUCCAGUAUCUCGCCGCCGUUGCCGCGGACACCGCGAGCGGGGCGCCGUCAGAGGCGGGGAAUGCGCGUGACACAAACCCCGGCGCCGGGCUCAGCAGGAGCGGGUCGAGCAAAUACGUAAUGGACCAGCUCCGCGGUGUCGAGCCGAUCGGCAUGAAGCGCCUUGGUCUGCUCGAGCGGCAGAUCCUACAGGCCAACCCGAUUCUCGAAGCGUUCGGCAACGCACAGACGAUCCGCAACAACAACUCUUCGCGUUUCGGAAAGUUCGUCCGCAUAGAGUUCACCAGCAUGGGCGCCAUUGCCGGCGCGAACAUCGAUUGGUACCUGCUCGAAAAGAGCAGGGUCACGAAUCGCAGCGAGAAGGAGAGGAGCUUCCAUAUUUUCUAUCAGCUGCUGCGCAGCAAUGAACGGGAGAUCAAGUCGAAACUGCUUUUGACCAGCUCACCCGAGGAUUAUGGCUACCUUAAGCACACACGCAAGCACGUCGAAGGCAUCGAUGACCGGAUCGAGUUUACGGCGCUGCGCGACGCGCUGCAGACCGUCGGCUUCACGCCCGAUGAGCAGUUCAACCUCUUCCGCGUCGUCGCGUCAAUCCUGCAGAUCGGAAACCUGGAGCUGGACGACAGUCGCUCAGGGCAGGAGCAUGCACGCUUUACGAACGCGUCGCCGCAGAUCGAGAAGGUGUGCCACGUGCUCGGCGUGCCCGAAGCUGAGUUCACCAACGCGCUCGUUCGGCCGCGCGUCAAGGCUGGCCGAGAGUGGGUCACGCAGGCGCGUACGCGCCGCCAGGUGAUUGACGAGAUGGCCGCACUGUGCAAGACCAUGUACGAAAAGACGUUUGCGUACAUUGUCGAUCGAAUCAACAAGGCGCUCGACCGCCCAACGAGCAAGAGCACCUUCAUCGGCGUCCUCGAUAUUGCCGGCUUUGAGAUCUUUGAGAUCAACUCGUUUGAACAGCUCUGCAUUAAUUACACGAACGAGAAGCUGCAACAAUUCUUCAACCAUCACAUGUUCGUACUGGAGCAAGAGGAGUACGCGAGAGAAAAUAUCGAGUGGGACUUUGUCAACUUUGGCCUUGAUCUACAACCUACGAUUGACCUAAUUGAAUCGACCACCCCGAUCGGUAUUCUCUCCUGCCUCGACGAAGAGUGCAUCAUGCCCAAAGCGACAGACAUCACCUUCACCGAGAAGCUAACCCGCAUUUGGGGCACGGCCAAGGACGGUAGCGCAGUGGAUAGCGUCGGGGCUGCGAUCGCAGCCGAGCGCGGUGUAGCGCACGGCUCGACUAAGUUUGCACCUGCUCGCUUCGCCCAGGGCUUCACUGUCAAGCACUAUGCCGGUGCCGUCGAGUACCGCACGGACGGGUGGCUCGACAAGAACAAGGACCCGCUCAACGAUAACCUCACGCGCGUUAUGUCCGAGUCGACCGAUCGCUUCAUCGCGACACUCUUUGCCGAGUAUGCCGUUGAGGACGACCUGCCCAUCUCUGCCGCCAGCGCCGGGCCCGCACAAGGCGCCGGGCCCAAACGGCGUAUCAAGCGCGGCGCCUUCCGCACCCUUGCGUCGCUCAUGACGCAGCUCGGCUCGACACAGCCGCAUUUUGUCCGCUGCAUCCCGGGAAAGAUCGAGGUGCCGCUCGUACUGGAGCAGCUGCGAUGUAAUGGUGUGCUCGAGGGUAUCCGCAUUGCCCGUUUGGGGUAUCCGAACCGCCUGCUCUUCUCCGAGUUCCGCAACCGCUAUGAGGUGCUCACACCUGGCAUCAUCCCGCGCGGCUACAUGGAUGGGCGCAAGGCGUGCCAGCGGAUGGUCGAGGCGCUCGAGCUCGACCGCGCAACUUUCAAAAUUGGCACAUCCAAAAUCUUCUUCAAGGCCGGUCGGCGCGACAGGCUCCUCUACGACAUUUUCUCGCGCUUCGAGGCUGCUUGCCGCAUGUUCACCGCGCGGCGGCAGAUGAAGAAGAUCCUCAAUCGCGCUGCUGCAAUUCGCACGAUCCAGCGCAACGCCCGCGUCUACGCCCAGCUGCGCGAAUGGCCCUGGUGGCAACUGUACACCAAGCUCAAGCGCAAGGAGAUGGAGCUUGCGCUCGAGAAGCAGAAGCUGGAGGCGCUCAAGCACUCGCUCGAGGCAGAGAAGAAGAAGCUGCUGCAGAGGUCCAAGGAGCGAGAAUCAGCUUUGGAGGAGGAUUUGGCGGCCAUGCAGGCUGACCUGGAACGCGCCAUGUCGGCCCAGCAGCUGGCGGAACAGUCGCACAAAGAGCUCAAAACCGCAUUCGACGCUGCUGCUGAGCAUCUCCUGCGGCUAGAGUCCGACCAAAAGGUCUGGGCAGAGCGUGAGCUCGAGCUGUCCGGACAUCGGCUACAGGCGGAACAUGCCGCUAUGCAGAAGCUGGCCGAGCGAGAAGAGGACGUCGAGCGUGCGCAGGCAAGAAUGGCUUCCGCUAGUGCCGCCAGGGAAUCUGAGAGAACGCAGACGCGCCAAUCUUCGCAUCAGCUGGCAGAGCUAGCGCGUGCUUCGAGUGCCCAUGAGGAGGAACUACGUGCCCAACUCAACACCUUGCAACAGGAGCGCGACCUACACAUCAAGACCGCCGCAGACCACAAAUCCAAGCUCGAUACGGCACUCUUUGAUCUCAGCGCAGCUCGCUCUGAGCACCAGCAGACGGCCAAGCUCGACGAGACGCGCAAGUUGAUGACGGCCAAGUCCAGCGAAGAUGAGACGCAAAAGCAACUGCAGCGGAUGCAAGCUGAAGAGCUUGCCACUCUCCGUCAGCAAUUCUCCCAGCACAGCUCUACUGAGGAGACCAACAAACUAAAAGCUGAGCAUGCUGCUGUCUCUCGCGAUCACGUUGAUGCGUCCACCAAGCUCCAAGGCCACGAGAAGAAGCUCAUGGACAUGACCGAAGGCGAUAUGCGGGGCAUUCAAGACAAGCAUGAGGCCGCACAGGCAGCGCUGAGCGAGCGUCAACUCGCCGCCGCCACGAGCAAACAUCAAGGCAUGGAGGAUGCGUUGCUCGAACUCGAGCGAGCUCAGGCAGAGUGGAAGACGAAGCAUGAGCACAUCUCAACAGAGCUGUCGGCCGAGACCAAGCGGCGAGAGCUUCUACAGAGUGCCAUCGGCACAUUUGACAAUGAGCUGGCUCAGCUGAAGGAGCUGCUCGGCAACACCCAGGCGGAGCUCAAGAAGGCGCAAUCCAUGACCAACAAGACUAUCGUCGAGCACGUGCAUUAUACGGACCGGCAACUGGCCGAGACGCAGAGCAAACUGCAGGAGCUGGCGCAUUAUACAAAGACUCUCGAGAAAAGCAAGGCGCGUCUGCUUCAAUUACAAAAGGGCGGCAGCAGCAUGGCGAUGCGAAAUGCCGAGCCUGCGUCCAAGAAGCUUGAGGCGGAAGUGAGCAAGCUGAGUGCUCAGCUAAAGGAUGCCAGGAGGGAACGCGACGAAGCUCUCUCCAACGCACGGCGAAAGGACCUUCAAGUCGACGAGUCCCUCAGCCGCACCCGGCAACAGUAUGAGGCCCGCAUCAACGAGCUUGAGAAGGAGCUCAAAGGCUCGCAAGCAGCUCGAGGCCAUACCUUCAUGAAUUUAGAGGAGUUGGUGAAGCGGAGUGCACAAACUGGCGGCGAUGACUCUUCUUUCCGUCGACGACUCCUUGAAGAGCUUCGCAUGGGACACGAUGAGCUAGAGCAGGACAUUGCAGCAAAGGCGGAUCUGCUGCGGAACCACAAGAUGAACGGCUCGACUCCGAAAAAGGAAAAGCCGAUCUACGCCUUUGGUAAUGUCACUCCAUCGGGUGGGAACGUGAAGCGCGCGUCGCUCCAAUUUGUGGAGGACACACGCUCUUCGACUGGAGGCUGGCAGAAGGAGAAGAGCAUGCUUGAGGGCAAAGUGCAGGAUUUGAUGCAAGCAUAUCAGGAGUCUCUGCAGGGUCAGCGCGAUGGCCAGGCGCAGUCCGCCACCCUUUUGUCGCAGAUCCGUGACCUUCGGUCGACAUUGGACGAGAGCGAGCUGAAGUACUCGCAACUGCAAGCUGCGUACAAUUCGCUCGUACAAGAAGCUGGCGUAGAUGAGGAAAUGAUCGCGUCGCUGCAGCGGGCGGUGGAACGGUACAAGUCGCAGGCGGAUGAGCAUAUGGCCAGUUGGCGCAAGAACACGCGCGAUCUUGAGCAGCAGACGGCGCAGCUGCGUUCGCAGGCGACGCUUCGUCGGCCUGGUUCGAGCACACCGGCAGAAUCCGCGAUUGGGUCCACCAGUCCAUCGAGGAUGUCCCGGCAGUACUGA